GGACGAAUCCGAACCAGGCUCAGUUUGGAGCAGACAUCUGACGAAACGGGAAGAUACAGCGGGGAUAAAUAUUUUAUUUUUUGUCCAUGUGUCCUCUUCAGUAUAGUUUUUAUUUUUUACUUGAGCCUUAACGGAUUUUCCAUCUCUUGUUGUGUGAACGGGGAAAUAUCCGACAGAACAAUGGCACGGCGAGUACAGCUGCUGAUUUGUCUUUUUGUUCUCAGUGUUUGCUCGGUUUUGGGCCACGUCACUUACUCCGUACCUGAAGAAAUGACGAUUGGUUCUUUGGUCGGUAACAUAGCACCGGAUUUGGAUUUAGACGUGCAAAGGCUGAAAUCAGGAAAAGCUCGUACAUAUGGCACGGAGUACGUCGAGCUGAAUAAAGAAAGGGGAGUCCUUGUUAUCAAAGAGCGGAUAGACAGAGAGGCGCUCUGCGGGCAGACGACGCCCUGCGCUCUUGAUUUUCAAAUAAUUUUAGAGAACCCCAUGCAGUUUUACAGCAUUACUGUUGAGAUUACCGAUAUUAAUGAUAAUGCUCCGAGUUUUAAAAAGCCUGAAAUAAAAUUUGAUAUAAGUGAAACAGCUCAAGUUGGGUCGAAAUAUGUUUUAGAAAAAGCUGUUGAUGAAGAUGUAGGUUUAAAUGGUCUCCAGAGCUACUCACUGAGUGUGAAUGGCAACUUUGAUUUAAAUCCUUAUACGAUAGGAAGCCGAUCAAACGUGGAAAUGGUUUUAAAGAAACCCCUAGACAGAGAGAAACAGGACAGGGUAUUUUUAGUGUUGACUGCUAUGGAUGGGGGUAAUCCGCAGCGUUCUGGAACAAUUCAAAUCGUCGUGACUGUACUGGAUGCAAAUGAUAAUGCACCAGUUUGUUCUCAAACAGAGUAUAAGAUGGAUGUUAAUGAAAUUGCGAUGAGAGGGACCAUUCUAGCCACCAUUAGUGCGUCUGAUGCAGAUGAAGGUCCACAUGGGCAUGUACAGUAUUCAAUUACUAACAUCCCCAAAGGAGCAAUGGAUUUAUUUGAAAUAGACAGAGACAGUGGGGAAUUCAGAUUAUUGGGGCAGCUUGAUUAUGAAAAAUUUCCUCGUUAUGAGAUGGAUAUUCUUGCAUCAGAUGUAGGUGGAAACACGGAUGUUUGUAAAGUUAUAAUAGAUGUUCUUGACAUAAAUGAUAACCCACCGACAAUUAAUAUUAUGUCAGUAUCAUCUAUCAUAUCGGAAGAUGUUAAAGUUGGCACGGUUUUGUCAAUGAUAAAUGUUCAGGAUCCAGAUUCUAAUGAAAAUGGAAAAGUUCACUGCACUUUAGAUCAGCAUAAUUAUUUUAAAAUCACUUCAACAUCAAAACAUUUCUUUACGUUAGUGACAGACAGUGAAUUGGACAGAGAAGACAUGUCUCAUUAUAACAUCACAGUGACCUGCUCUGAUGAAGGAGUCCCCUCCCUCUCCAGCAGCGUCACUCUCACCUUGCAGAUCUCUGAUGUGAAUGACAACGCUCCUGUCUUUGAGAGGAGCUCCUAUGAGGCCUACAUUGUAGAAAACAACGCACCAGGUCUCUCUAUAUUCACAGUGAAAGCCACAGAUGCUGACUGGAACCAGAAUGCCCGUGUUUCUUACAUACUGGAGGACUCCUCUGUUAACGGAGUACCAGUCUCCUCAUAUGUGUCCGUUAGUGCUGAUAGUGGAGUCAUCCAUGCAGUGCGCUCUUUUGACUACGAGCAGAUCAAAGAUUUCCAGUUCCGCAUCAAAGCGCAGGAUGGAGGCUCUCCUCCACUCAGGAGCAACGUGACUGUGAAAAUGCUGAUCCAGGACCAGAACGAUAACCCUCCUCAGGUUCUGUACCCGGUCCAGACUGGUGGCUCUGUGGUAGCUGAAAUGGUGCCUCGUUCAGCAGAUGUGGGCUACCUGGUGACUAAAGUGGUGGCUGUUGAUGUGGACUCUGGACAGAACGCCUGGCUCUCCUAUAAACUGCAGAAAGCCACAGACAGGGCGCUGUUUGAAGUGGGCUCACAGAAUGGAGAAAUAAGAACAAUCCGUCAGGUGACUGAUAAAGAUGCUGUGAAACAGAGACUGACUGUGAUAGUGGAGGACAACGGGCAGCCCUCUCGUUCAGCUACAGUCAUUGUUAACGUGGCGGUGGCGGACAGCUUCCCUGAAGUGCUGUCCGAGUUCACUGACUAUCCUCACGAUAAGGAGUACAAUGACAACCUGACUUUUUACUUGGUCUUGGCUCUGGCUGUGGUCUCCUUUCUCUUCAUCACGUGUUUAGUGGUUAUCAUAUCAGUCAAGAUCUACAGAUGGAGACAGUCUCGCAUCCUGUAUCACUCCAACCUCCCUGUGAUUCCAUAUUAUCCUCCACGUUACUCAGACACUUUGGGAACAGGGACUCUGCCACACGUGUACAACUACGAGGUGUGCAGGACCACUGACUCCAGAAAGAGUGACAAUAAGUUUGGAGGAGCUGGUGGUCAGAACGUGUUGAUAAUGGACCCCAGUUCUACAGGGACCAUGCAGCGGAUACAGAGUGAGAAGAGCAUCCUGGAUGAACCUGACUCGCCUCUAGAGGUUAGUUAUUAAGCAUUGAUUAUUUAAUGAGAAAAUAUCUGGAUAUUUUAAUUGUACAAUUAGUUGUCAUGUGAGA